AUUUUUUUCUUUUUUUUUCCUCCUUACUCCUGCCAGACUCCGCCCGCUCCCCGCGCGUCACCCGGCCGAGUGGAGCGGACGCGGAGUCACUCCCCUGCCUACUUUUAAUAGCUUUGUCAUGUGAUGGAAAGCAGUUGUAAGACAGGUGCCCUCGGUUCAUUCUCGGCGAGGGGCAGCAGUCGCCUGCGUGAGAGCGAGUGGGAAGCGCGAGUGGAUUUGGCUUUUUUUUUUCUUCAUUUCUUUUUUUUUUUUUUUUUUUUUUUUUCCUUUUUUUGUUUUUGGGGGGUUUUCGGGGACCGUCAUUCACAGUGGCUGAAUGGCGUGGGACAGGUGUAACCAGGACUCUGUGUGGAGAGAAUUAGAGUGUGCUGCCUUGGUUGGUGAAGACCAGCCCCUUUGCCCGGACCUCCCCGAACUUGACCUGUCAGAGCUGGAUGUCAGUGACCUAGAUGCUGACAGCUUCUUGGGUGGCCUUAAAUGGUACAGUGACCAAUCAGAGAUCAUUUCCUCUCAGUACGGGAAUGAAGCGGCCAAUCUUUUUGAGAAGAUAGAUGAAGAAAAUGAGGCCAACUUACUGGCAGUGCUUACAGAGACGCUGGACAGCAUCCCGGUGGAUGAGGACGGAUUGCCUUCGUUUGAGGCCUUGGCAGAUGGGGACGUGACCAAUGCCAGUGACCGGAGCUGUCCAUCCUCGCCAGACGCCUCGCCACGCACCCCAGAGCCUGAGGAGCCUUCUUUGCUGAAGAAGCUCCUUCUGGCACCCGCAAACUCCCAGCUCAGCUAUAAUCAAUACACAGGUGGCAAGGCACAGAACCAUGCAGCCAGCAGCAACCACCGGAUCAGACCACCACCUGCCGUCGUCAAGACGGAGAGCCCCUGGAAUGGCAAGGCAAGAGGGGGCCCCAGCCAACAGAACCGCCCGGUGAGGCGGCCGUGCACAGAGCUGCUGAAAUACCUAACAGCCACAGAUGACAUCCUGCUCAACACCAAAGCCAGUGAAGCCAAGAGCGCCUGGGGAGGUUCCAGUAGCAGAGACAAGAGUGGCCUGGGUCUCUGUGCCUCUUCCUCCUCAUCGCCAUCCUCCUCUUCCACCUCCUCGUUCUCCUCCUUAUCCUCCACUUGCUCUUCCUCUUCUUCCUCCGCCACUUCCAAGAAGAAGUCCGCAUCUCAACAGCAACAGCAGCAGCAACAGUCGCCRCAGCAGCAUCACCAGCGAGGUGAGAGCCGGGCUGCAGGCGAGUGUAGUAUGGCUGGUCAUGGGGAUGGGAAAUGGCCGCGUUGCACUCUCRAUGACGGGGUUGAGGAGUCGGAAGGUGCCUCUAUCCCCGUUGGCCGCAGAACCUACACCUGUGGUCACGCCUGCCCCAAACCGCAGCAUGGGCCACCCAGUGAAGAAGGACGGCCGCCAGGCGAUGUUGGCCGCCUGGCCGCCGCUAGGUUUAUUAGUGACCACAAAGGAUCACCAUUUGAGAACAAAACCAUUGAACGCACAUUAAGUGUGGAGAUUGCUGGAACUCCAGGUUUGACACCACCUACCACGCCCCCACACAAAGCCAGUCAAGAGAAUCCUUUCAAAGCAUCUCUGAAAACCAAGUUGUCCUCAUGUUCCUCCUCGGCCUUGACGUGCAAAAGAGCCAAGCUGAGUGAGUUGGGUGCCGGUGCUUUGAUCCUGGCCCCAGGUGCCUCAGCCGGGGGUCCCAUCAGAAAGGGUCCUGAACAGACCGAGCUCUACGCGCAGUUGAGCAAAGCAUCCACCACCCUCCCUGCAGCGGGGGGUGGUUUUGAGGAGCAUUGCAGCACUGGCAACAACAAGCGGGCAAUGUCUCGUCGCCACAGUGACCACGACUAUUGCCAGGCAUCGGCUUGUACCAAGAAGGAUGGGGGCACAACCACCAUUUCCAUGACCACAGCUGUGGAAAUGACAUUCACCCCAGAUGCCACUGCUGCUCUUACGCCAAGUGCUAGCAAAGGGGAGAACAGGCAUUCUGAAUGUAAGGACUCGGCCAUUUCAACGUCAUAUUCAUCAUCUUCUUGUUCUACAUCGUCAUCUUCAYCUAGCCAUUUGACUAAGAAGCAGGAUUUUGUCCCUGUGGAUGGAGGAGGAGGCUGUGACAGGGGCAUAAGGGAGUCAACCCUUACACACACCACUCAGAUCCCCACACAUGAGGCCACCACUGUUAGGGACCAACCACAACUUUUUGCAACCAGUCGGAGGCCUCUGUGUGACCAGGAAAUCAGAGCAGAACUCAACAAGCACUUUGGCCCUCCAGUAAAAGCCCUCUACAGCCAGGGUGGAAAGGAGAGAGGUUCAAACAGCAAACCAAACAAGCCUACUACCCCUCAGUCCUUUUCAGGGGGAGAGAAUGACUURAACUCCCAUAGGCUGCCUGGUUCCAGCUACUUGCCCCUGGGAUUUCUGUCCUUUAAUGAUGAGGUAGAGUUGGACGAGGGCCACGAGAGUCGCUUCAUCUUUCCAUGGGAGGGAACACCCCUGGACCUACUUUUCGACUGCUCUCCCCACUCUCCCUCCUGUUCUCCACCAUCCAGUUGUUCCCCGUCACGAGGCUCUGUCUCCCCGCCUUCCUCCCUUCUCCUGUCCCCCGGCAGACCUUUCUACUGGACCAGUAGCGGGUCCCGUUCCCGCUCUCGUUCUCAUUCUGGCUCCCGCAGCUCCUCGUCACGCUACCGCAGGCGCUCUCUGUCCAGCUCACCAGAAAGACGUCCUUCCUCCUGGUCUCAUCACAGCUCAGAUYUGAAUGCUGCUCGCACCAGAAUCCGAAAGAGCCCCCACCCUCAGUCUCGAUCUCCUCAGAGCCGCAGGCCAAGGUAUGACAGCUAUGAGGAGUACCAGCACGAGAGGCUGAAGAGGGAGGAGUACCGCCUGGAUUACGAGAAGCGGGAGUUUGAAAGGGCCGAGCAGAGAGACAAGCAAAGGCAAAAAGCAAUAGAGGAGAGACGGGUGGUGUACGUGGGACGACUGAGGUCCGACUGCAGCCGGACGGAGUUGAAGCGCCGCUUUGAAGUCUUUGGGGAAAUUGAAGAAUGUGCAGUGAACUUAAGGGAUGAUGGGGACAAUUUCGGCUUCAUCACGUACCGCUACACUUGUGACGCCUUCGCCGCCCUUGAGAACGGACACACCUUACGCAGGUCAAACGAGCCUCAGUUCGAGUUGUGUUUUGGCGGACAAAAGCAGCUCUGCAAAUCACAUUACACAGACUUGGACUCCCAUUCGGACGACUUUGAUCCAGCCUCCACAAAGAGCAAGUAUGACUCCAUGGAUUUUGACAGCUUGCUGAGGGAGGCCCAGUGCAGCCUGAAAAGGUAACCCGGUUCUGUGGCGCCCGCUGUUUGUCACAAGGAGGAACUCCUCAUACCUCACCGUUGUUUCUCGCUCCUAUCGACGACGAGACCACCAGAAGUUUUACGCUCUGCCUUGGAGCAAUCUAUAUAGACCUGCAUCGGUAGAAAAAAAAUGAAUAUAUUAAAAAUAAAGUUUACAUGAACACGGCUGCUGGAGAGCGGUGAGAGACGUUGGGUUCUGAGAGACGCCCGUGGAUCCUCAGAACCUGGUUUUAAUGCACUCUACUGCUGUAUAACAAGAAAGAAGGAAGAACUUGAAGGAUUUCUUUUUCUCCAAGCACUACAAUACCCAUAAUUCUUUUUUGGGGUGAAGACAUGCAGCUUGUUCAGCCAGAUUUUGUUUUCUUCGCUGUUGAUUUUUAUUUUAAUUUUUUACCCUUUUUUUUUAAAUCUGGCAUUGGAUCUGGUGUUACAUAACAAGCUAGAAUAUAGGGAAUAGUGUCUUGGAGGUAAAAACUUAUGAAGGUAACAUUGUUGUCUACAUUUUAUUUAAGAAAUGUAGCUGUGCAUUUACAAAUACUAUAAAAAGGUAUCUUUUUUAUUUUAUGUACAUAUCAAAGUUCUUUAUUUGUUACAGCUAUGCACUGUAAAACGCAGCCUUUUUUUAAAAAAAGAAAAAGAAAAUUUCUUAAUUCUGAAUGUUGAUCUGUAGUAAUUACAAUACUGUAAAACAUAUUGUACACCUACAUGAUGUUUGAAAGACAUGAUAUGAUUGUAAAAAAAAAAAGAAAAAAGAAAAAGUAGACAUUGCUCAUUUUGCAGGAGCGUGUUUAAAGUCCUUUUUUAAGUUAUUUUGUUGGGGAAAAAAGUCAACCAUGUAUAGUUUUCUCUGUUGAUAAUCAGUGUUUUUGCUUAUACAACCAGUGUAAAGUACAUUUUUAAACACGUUUUUCAUGACUGUAUAAAAAAGACCCCAUUUUAAAAAAAUAUUUAUCAUUACUGAAUUGUUUCCUAAAAUUAAAUAUUGGUUUUAAUUUCUUUUUAACGUUUCUGUGAUUACAUGAAAUCGACAUUUUAGGCUUUCAAAUCAGCACAGACAUA